AUGGUUUUUUUAUUCCAGUGCAGUACUUACAUGAUGUCUGAGGAAGCAGAAGUACCAGCAGUCAACGCCACUGAGGAUGCAGUCCAAAAGUCAACCCCAGUGAAGGAACAACCAGAACAUGAAGGUGACCCAGCUCCACCUAAAGAAUCAUCUGUUCCAAACGGAGAUUCCAAUGGUCAUCCUGAAGCUGCUGUAGACAGUCAAAAACCGUCAGAUCCGGUUCCAGCCGCUGAAACGCUGCCAGCGGAAGACGACCGUAAAAAAACGGUUUUUAGUUCCAGAAACACACCUAUGGAUACGUCUGAGCCUGCAGAAGCAACCGAAGCAAAAGCAGCUGGCGAUGUUCCACCUCCCGAAGACGAAAGAGCAGAGAGUGAUACCGAGAAGUGGGAGGUCGUUGAAGAAGAAGAGAUCGCUAAGGCAAAAGAAGCUGAAGCUGCACAAGAGGCUGAGCAGGAGAAGAUCGAAAAAGAGAAAGAGAAAGCAGCUGGUGAAGCAGACGAGAAGGCGAAGGGACCUGAGGCCGCUGCGAAACCACACAAGGAUGAUGAGCCAGCAAAGAGCAGCCAAUGUUAA